ACUACUACUACUACUAGUCUAAAUACUUCAAAGGGGAUAUAAGAUUCAACUCUAAUUAAACAGAAAAACUCGCCUACAUUUUCUGCCUAAACAAUGGAUUGGCAAGGACAAAAGGUAGCAGAGCAACUGAUGCAGAUAAUGCUGGUGGCAUUUGCAAUUGCAGCAUUCAUAACGGGCUAUGUUCUCGGAUCAUUUCAACUGAUGCUGUACAUAUAUGCAGGGGGAGUUGUCUUGACCACUUUGAUCACCAUUCCUAAUUGGCCAUUCUUCAACCGUCAUCCGCUCAAGUGGUUGGAUCCCAGCGAGGCUGAAAAGCAUCCUAAACCACAGGUGGUUGCAAGUUCAGUUUCUAAGAAAAAGCCCAACAAGAAGUAGCCCGUCUUAGAUAAUUAUAUCAGGUUUAGUCGGGUUAGUCAUAUCAGAAAUUAUGUUCUUGGAUUUCUUUUAAUGUUUACCUGGAUAAACCUUGUAUACCUUCUCUUAUGGAUCGGCCAGAAAAUUGAAAGCAAAAUCCUUUUAAGGAUUAGAGAUUUCUGAUUUUAAA